AUGGACAGGGGAGCAUCGGAAUACGCGCAGUCAGAUCAAUCGUCUGUUGCGACCUACACCACCCAAGAUCCACGUUCCGCGACCAUCUCGAGCAACAACACGCCGCAGUCGGAUUACGGCUUGACACCGUCGUCUGCGCGCUCAUCGGGGUUCCCACCAGAGCAUUUGCGAUACAGCCAGUUCUCUCACACGCCACCACAUCCAGGCGCUGUAGGAACAAUGGCACAACCAACAAGUCCGUCAAUGACCCUGCCAGAGGGAGCGCCCAAUGGCAACCCAACCGCAAAUUCCCACCUCGUGAAAUCUAACUCGGACGUGCCUAUAGAUCCCUCGAUAUCACAAGCCAGCCCGACCUACCCUCCGUACUCGCCAUACCCGCAGGAUGGAAAUAUGCAACACGCGUACCAGCCUCAGCACCCUCCGUACAUGCAGCAGCGACCGCCCCACGAGCAAUGGGGGGGGUAUCCGCCGCAACACGGCAUGCCUGCACCGUAUCCGCAUCCUGGGCCAGGCGUCCAAGGUCCGCCGCAGACCUCCGCCGCGUCUCGUACGGGCCAGGUUUAUUCAUUUGUCCCAAUCCCAGGUGCGCAGCAGCACAAGCGGCCCCGACGACGAUACGAAGAGAUUGAAAGAAUGUACAAGUGCGGCUGGAAUGGCUGCGAAAAGGCAUAUGGUACCCUGAACCACUUGAAUGCGCAUGUGACAAUGCAGUCGCAUGGCACAAAGAGAACGCCAGAAGAAUUCAAGGAGAUCCGAAAGGAGUGGAAGGCCCGCAAGAAGGAGGAGGAGAAUGCUCGGAAAGCUGAGGAAGAGCGACAACGACAGGCCGCUGCUCAAGCGAGCCAAGUGGACGGCGCCCCCGGAGACGCGCACCAAGUUCCUGGACAAGGAUAUCAACAGAAUGGGGGCAGACCCUCACUGCCACCCAUUGGCUACCAGUCCGCAGAUGGACAUGCUCAAGGACAAUAUGGACAGCCCCAGGGCGCAAUGGUCUAUCCACAAGGAAAUGGGCAGAUGGGCAACUACGGCAACUAUCCCAAUUCUCCCUAUGCCCAACAGGGCCAGGUCUACCAACAACGUCAAUAUUAA